AUGUUGGGUAAGAAAACGGCUGGCGGCGCGCCCGUCGCAGAGCCUCAUCCCGCCGACGGUCUGUCCGCGUAUCAGUCGGCCACCAACAAUGCCCACCACAACGACCCCGAGCACAAUGGCAGCAGCAGCGACGACGACCUUCUGCAUGAUCCCGACUCGGGCGUCAAGCGCGGCCUCAAGAAUCGCCAUCUGUCCAUGAUGGCCCUCGCGGGCAUCAUUGGGCCCGGCCUGCUCGUUGGUGCAGGUGGCGCCCUGUCCAACGGUGGCCCUGCCUCGCUGAUCAUCGGCUUUGGCGUCAUUGGCAUCAUCGCCUUCUUCAUCAUGCAGAGCCUGGGCGAGAUCACCACCAUCUUCCCCGGCGGAGGCUCCUUUGUCAGCUUGGCGGAGCGCAUGGUCGACAAGUCGUUCAGUGUGGCCGUAGGCUGGAACUACUUCAUCAUCUGGGCCACCGUGCUCGCUAACGAGUACAACGUCAUCUGCAGCAUCCUCACCUACUGGGUGCCCGAGGUGCCCAUCUGGGGCUGGUUCUUGAUUCUGUGGAGCCUGUUCUUGGGCUUCCAGCUCCUGGGCAUCGCGGCCUUUGGCGAGGCCGAGUUCUGGCUCGCGCUCAUGAAACUCGUCGGUCUCACGGCCUUCUUUAUAUUCUCCAUUGUUUACGCGGCCGGUGGACUGAUCGGGCAGUCCGAACCCCUCGGCUUCCGAUACUGGAACGAUCCUGGCGCCUUCAACGGCAAUGGCUUCCGCGGCGUGGCGACCGUCUUCGUCUUCUGCUCGACUUUCUACGCUGGUGUCGAGUCCAUCGCCGUGGCCGCCACCGAGACGCGCAACCCGGGCACCGCCGUGCCGCAGGCUAUCCGACAGGUGUUCUGGCGCAUCAUCUUCGUGUACAUGGGUUCCGCUCUCUUCUUUGGCAUCACCUGCCCCGCCAAUGCAAGCGAGCUUGUGUCCGCGGACGCCAAGGCACUGCAGAGUCCCAUGACGGUGGCCCUCCAGAACGCCGGCUGGGAGGGUGGCGUGCACCUCAUCAACGCCUUCAUCCUGCUGACCUGCCUCUCCGCCGUCAAUUCGUCCAUCUACAUCGGCUCACGCACCAUUCUCUACAUGGCGCAGUCCGGCAAGGCGCCCCGUUUCCUGGGCUGGGUGAACAUGGGAGGUGUGCCUGUUUGGGCCAUCGUUCUGACCAACGCCGUGGGUUCCAUCUCCAUGAUGAACGUUUCGACCGGCGCGGCCAAGGCCUACGGCUACAUUGUCAACCUCUCGGGCAUCAGCACCUUCUUGGUCUGGGGCAGCAUCAGCUUCAUCCACAUCCGUUUCCGGCGUGGUUGGGCUGCGCAAGGCCGCAGCGCCAGCGAUCUCCCCUUCAAGAGCAUGCUGUGGCCCUUCAACGCCUACUUUGGCGUCUUUGCCAACAUCUUCCUCGCCUUGGUCUCCGGCUGGACGAAUCUGUCGCCCUUUGACGCGCCCAACUUUGUCGUCGCCUACAUCCUCUUCCCCGUGUUCGGCCUGAUUUACGUGGCGUGCAAGCUCCUGUGGCGCGGCCGGGACAAGUUCAAGAGGAGCCAUGAGAUGGACCUCGAUAGCGGCAGGAGGACCGAUCUCGACAAGUCCGGUAUCGUCCCUGGCGAUGAGGAGGAGAUUGCGCCGGCGAAGAAACCAAUGUGGAGGAAAAUACACGCUUGGUUUUAG